AAUUCAGAAGACAUCCAAGCUGGUUGAGUUUCUUGGCCAAUUUUGUUCAACCGUCGAGAGCCGGAUUCAUUCACACCGUGCAUUUGACAGCAGUAGGCAGGUAAAAUCAUAACAAAACUCCUAACCUCACUCUUCUUGUUGAUUUUCGGCUCAGUCGAAAACAUGUGCCAACGUGAGUAGUGCCGGAAUUUUCCACAUCAUCCCUGGAAAAGCGUACAUUUCCCAGUGAAAAUAUUCGAAAACGAUGGCGAUUGAAACGAUUCAUCGUCCCGGUGCAUUAAAGCAGACCAACAAAUCACACAAACAUGGAAAACAUACUUCUAAGCGCGAGUUGGAACGCCUAACGAAAGGCAAAGUGAACCUUAAAACAAUCACCCGUCGGCCAAACCGUCAGCAAUCUCGCGAUGAACGUCGUCAGCAGGCUGUUCAACUUCGCAAAAACAAGCGCCAGGAAGCGAUUGCACUGAAACGAGCAAUUGGCGGUGCCCUGACGGCUCCUUUCCUGACCUGCGUGUUGCCCCUGAACGAAAUGAUCGAUCCUAACUCGGCUCUGGCUUUUAUCCAGGGCUGUGAUCCGGAGGCUACCGUCACGAAGGUGUCCGAACGCAUCCGUUACAUGAAUGUGCCGCGCUUUCGUCAACGGUUUUCGUUCGUUGUGCCCGAGAUUGGGCAUGGGCGUGAGUUGAAUGUGCUGGAUACACUGAAAGUGUGCGAUUCGGUCGUACUGCUGCUCACAGCCGUAGCAGGUGAUGCGGAUGAGAUGAUCGAUAAAUUUGGUGCGAAAGUGCUUAACAUGGCGCUAACGCAAGGUCUCCCAACACCGAUGGUGUGUUUGAUGGAUAUGCAAUCGAUAAACCCGAAAAAGCGCACACAGACGAAGGCAAGCAUACAGAAAGUGGUUUCUGGCGUUCUUCCGGACGAAAAGCUGAUGGAGCUCGAAAAGCUAACCGAUGGGUUAAAUCUGCUGCGUCGUAUCGGUGGCCAGAAGCGUAGAGUGAUGCAUAAUCGUUCCAAUCGACCGCAUAUGCUGGGUGAGAAGGUUGAAUAUGUGGCGAAUCCGCCCGAUGCUGGACAAAAUCAACCUAUGGGAACGUUGAAAGUGACUGGAUUUAUACGAGGCGUUCCUCUCUCUGUGAACCAGCUGGUACACAUACCCGGGCUGGGUGAUUUUCAAUUGCAACAAAUAACGUCACCGACCGAUCCGUACAAGAUGCGCAGGCUGGACGAUGGGGAAAUGUCUUGUGCGGAGGAAAGAGCGCCAAUAGUGGCCGAUCCGGAACUGCAGACUACUUUGCAGCGUGAAAACAUACCAGAUGAGAUGGACGCCGAACAAACGUGGCCGACGGAGGAUGAAAUAGCGGCAUCGCGUGAUGAAAAUAAAAAGAAGAUCAUAAAACGUGUCCCGAAAGGUAUGAGCGACUAUCAAGCAUCAUGGAUUCCGGACAUUGUCGAAGAGGAUGAAGAUGAGGACGAUGAUGAUGAUGAUGAUGAUGGACAGUACAUGUCCUGUGAAUCGGACAACGAAAGCAAGGUAGCCGAUGGUGGUGAAAGCGAUGAUGAAAGCAUUCAGUUCGAUCAGAUAAGCGUUUCGGACGAAGGUCCGGUCAGUGCAGACCGGUACGAUAAGGAAAUAGACAUGGAGGAAGAACGUAUCACACUGGCUAAGAUUCAAGCGGCAAAAGUAGAUGAAAUAUUCCCGGAUGAAAUAGACACACCAGCCGAUAAACCAGCACGGGAACGUUUCGUAAAAUACCGUGGCCUCGAAUCGUUCCGUUCGUCACCGUGGGAUGUAAAGGAAAAUCUUCCAUUCGAAUAUGCGCGCGUGUACCAAUUUAAGAACUUUGAUCACACGAAACGACGCAUUGUGCGGGAAGCGCAGCAAAAGGAGGGCGACGAUGUGGCCAUGCCCGGUUGGUACGUUCAGUUGCACGUGAAGAAUGUGCCGCAGAAUGUAUGGAGCGCGUUUCUGUCCACCGGCAACGGUGAACGUUUGAUCGUUUACGGUAUACUGUCCUACGAGCACCAGAUGUCGGUCAUGAACGUGUGCCUGAAGCGAACGCAAAACUCCACGAUUCCGAUCAAAUCGAAAGAGCGCUUGAUAGUGCAGUGCGGCUACAGACGGUUCAUUGUAAAUCCCAUCUACAGCCAGCAUACGAACGGCGAUAAGCACAAGUACGAGCGAUACUUCCGUCCCGGCAUGACGGUCGUUGCGACAUUCUUCGCCCCGAUCCAGUUCCCUCCUUCACCGAUCGUUUGCUUCCGGGAAAAUCCCGACACAUCACUGUCGAUGGUCGCGUCUGGCAGUCUGCUGUCGUGCAAUCCGGACCGCGUCGUACUGAAGCGGGCGGUGCUUAGCGGUCAUCCGUUCAAGAUUAAUCGCGAAUCGGCAAUCAUCCGGUUCAUGUUCUUCAAUCCCGAGGAUAUUGCGUACUUUAAGCCGUGCAAGUUGCGCACCAAGCUUGGACGUGUCGGACACAUCAAGGAAUCGCUGGGUACGCACGGUCACAUGAAGUGUGUGUUCGAUAGUCAGCUUAAAUCACACGACACGGUACUGCUGUACCUGUACAAGCGUGUGUUCCCGAAGUGGACGUACGAGGACUGCAUCGUAUCCUGCCAACCGGAUCGAGAGCCGUCAUGCAGCACGUCGAAAGGCGAACGUUCGGUAACGUUCAAGGCAAAGGUGGAAAUGAUGCAGGAAUGAUGAGCUGCUGCCGUGUUGGCACUUCUAUAAUCUAUUUGUGGCUUCUAAGAAUAUAUAGCAGAUGAUCUUAUAGAA